AUGACCACCCAAAGCCUGCAGGGCAAAGUCGCCAUUGUCAGCGGCUCCUCAUCCGGGAUUGGUGCCGCUAUCGUGAGGGAACUCUCUUCCCGGGGUGCCAGCGUGGUGGUCAGCUACCCCUUUUCUAGUUUGGAGGCCGAGGCAGAGACUGUGGUUGCCUCUUUAGCAUCACCUGCAAUUGCCAUUGAGGGUGAUAUGUCGACUGUCUCCGCACCCCAGCGACUGGUCGAUGCCGCCAUCUCGCAAUGGGGUCGGCUUGAUAUCGUCGUCAACAGUGUUGCCCUGGCGGUUAACAAACCCUUCGAAGAGCAGACCCUGCACGACUGGGACGCACUGGUCAAUGUCAACGGGCGCGGAACCUUCCUUCUGACACAAGCUAGCCUCAAACAUCUCACCAAGGGCUCGGGGCGGAUUGUCAACAUCUGUAGUAUAAGUGCAAGAGGGCCCCCGCCUAAUCAGACGAUCUACGCCGGGACCAAGGGGAUGGUGGAUUCCUUUACCAAGUGCUGGGCUCAAGAGCUCCCUCCCAAGUAUGGUUGCACGGUCAAUGCCGUUAGUCCUGGUCCGACUAUGACCGAGGGUUUCGCUGCUGCUGGGGAUGAGCAGAUGAAGAUUCUUCAACCUAUUAUCAAUCAGACUCCGGUUGGGCCUCGUAUGGCGCAGCCGGAGGAGAUCGCCUGGGCGGUGGCUUUCUUAUGUGAGGAGCGGUCGCGGUGGAUCAAUGGCGUACAUCUUGUCGCCUCUGGAGGCUUGUUUAUUGAUUAG